AUGGCCAAUUUCAUCGUUCAGCAUACACCUGAGAAGGAGUAUACAGCCAGCACACACAAGGAGGAGGCGGCGCCGCCCGCCCGCCCCGCCGCCCUGCUGCGCUGGGACGAGGUGCCCGAGGACUUCGUGGAGUGCUUCAUCCUCUCGGGCUACCGACGGCUGCACUGCUCGGCGCAGGAGUGCCUGGCCUCGGUGCUGCAGCCCACCAACGAGACGCUCAACUUCUGGACCCACUUCAUCCCUCUGCUGCUCUUCCUCAGCCGCUUCGGGCGGCUGCUGCUGCUGCGGGGGGCCGGGGACGUGCCCUUCCACCACCCGGCUCUGCUGCCCCUCUGGUGCUACGCCUCGGGGGUGCUGCUCACCUUUGCCAUGAGCUGCACGGCCCAUCUCUUCAGCUGCCUCUCCCCUCGCCUCCGCGCCGCCUUCUUCUACCUGGACUACGCCUCCAUCAGCUACUACGGCUUCGCCAGCACCGUGGCCUACUCCUACUACCUGCUGCCGGGGCUGAGCCUGCUGGAUGCCGGCGUCUUGAGCCGCUACGUGCAGCAGCAGCUGGGCUGGCAGCUGGACUGCAGCCUGCCCAUCGCGGCCUACCGCGCCCUGGUGCUGCCCGUGGCCCUGGCGCUGGCCGUGGGAUGCACGGCCGCCUGCUGCCGCAGCCGCGCCGCCUGCUGCGCCUACCCCUUCGCCGUGCGCACCUUCGUCUUCGCCAUGCCGCUGAGCAUGGCCUGUCCCAUCAUGCUGGAGAGCCUCAUCUUCGACCUCCGCACGCGCAACCCCACGCUUUUCGUCUACUUCUACCGCCGCUACUUCUGGCUGCUGGUGGCUGCCUUCUUCAACGUCAGCAAAAUCCCCGAGCGGAUCCAGCCGGGGCUGUUUGACAUCGUGGGGCACAGCCACCAGCUCUUCCACAUCUUCACCUUCCUCAGCAUCUACGACCAGGUGCACUACGUGGAAGAUGGGCUGGCCGAGUUCCUCAAGGCAGCCCCGGCCGCUCCCACCUACCUGGGCACCGUGGGGUACAUGCUGCUGCUGACGGUCUGCCUGGCUGUGGUCGUCAGGAGGUUCCUCAAUGUCGCAGACCUCUGCAAGCAGGACUGACCGUGCCGGUGGCCACCGUACCAUCGGCCUUCAGGCUGGAGACGGUUGAGCUGGUGACCUUCAUACUGGGGACCCUCAGACUGGCCCAGCCGUGUCUUGAAGAUGCUGUGAACCUGGGGGAAAGACACCUGUGGAAGAAGGUUUCCAGAGAAAACGGCAAUGGUGAAACUGCUCGUACUCUUUAAACUACUAGGUUACCAGGGGAAGCAAGCAAACGCUUACUGGUAUGUUGCUGCUUAGAGUAUAAGCUGAAAUAAUUAAGCUCUGCUACUAGGAAGAAUGCAUGAACAGUGAAUGCCACUUACUAGUUCAUAACAAUUAGGUUUAAACUGGCUGCGUGUAUAUAUAUAUAUAUAUUUAUAUAGAGAGCUAUUUAUUUCUUAGCUACAUAUAUGUAUGUAUAUAUAUAUAUACACCUGAAGACACACUCGUGCAAUGAUUGCUGAUAGACUUUUAAUCAAUUCCUGUGUGAAAUUUCCUAGCAGAUUAUGCACUGACAUUUAUCUUCCUCUGUGAUACUGUAACAGGCCUUUGCAGCCACAUACUGGAUUUUAAAUGCAAACAAAUUAAUAGCUGUCGAUACUUUUUAAGGCUUCACAGCCUUUUUCAGCCAGGGAACAUAAUAGAUUUAAUAGAGAGCAAAACCAGCUGUGAAUUAUUACAGAAUUACCAUUUGACAGAGAGACUUUAAUUAGACGGGCAGUGAAGCUUGAGUGGUUGGCGUAGCUGCUCGGAUUCUACAAUAUAAUACAGGGAUAUGUAAAAGAAUUGAACCAGAAGGGGAUCAGAUGGUUUUAAAGUGGGGGCGGGGGGAAAGAAGGACACUGCAUAAUGGCACAGCUCUUCCCCAGCAUGUCAGGAGCAUCUGUCACAUUCAGGGGGUUGCUAGGGGGCCCCUUUAUCUUCCCCAGUAAAUCACCCCAAAAACAGCCCUUCAGAGUCAAGGUCAAAUGCCAGACUUUCUAUAAGCCCCUGCCAAGCUCGGUGGGAGUGCCGUGGAUGUAAAGAGAAUAAGUGAUGCAUGAGAUCUUAUUCUGAGUCUUUUAAAGAAUUACGUGGAACUGGUGUCUUCUGCUCCUUAAUUAGAGCACUCUGACAAAUUUACCAUCCAAAAAUUAGGUGCUGAAUAUGAGUUCAGGACUUAUGAGCACUGGAUAUUGACACUUCCAUGUAAUUCCCUGCUUUUUCUUAUGCUGAUCAGUUUGGGCUACAGCUGGGUGCUUUGAAGUCCUCAUCCAAUACCAUCAGGGGGGUUCAAAGAGAACAAUUACAAGUUAUUUUUCAAAGCAGUGUCUUUUCUCAGCAACCCAGGUAAUAUCCUUCUCACACCACAAACAACUAACCAUAGAUUUAACUUACUCUUCAUAUAAAGAGAAAUUUUUUAAACUGUAUGCAGAUUUUAAACAGAUGCAGAACAAGUAACAGGAGUGCAAUAAUGUUUCACAAGGGGUUACAACUUGAAGUUCAGGUGUGAAACUGCUGUAUAUCCAUUUUCAAAAAGAAGGGUGAUACUUCCUUGGGAAACACUGAUGUCAUACUGCACAAUAGCACAGAGCUUCUUUAACUCAACCUCUUUGCUUCUAUUGUGGAAAUACUUCUGCUUGCAUCUUUCUCAUUUUCAUGGACUUGGCAUCCAAACUCCAAGUGUAUGUUUUGAGUCCAGUCCCAUAGUCUUCUGCAAGACAAAGUCGCCUUUGUUUCUAACAAGAGUAUAGGAGGGACUGUAGCUAGGGAUUAUGAGGUCAUGUCCUUAAUGUGGGUCAGAAUCAUCACAGAAACCAAUAAUUGAUAUGUCCUGUACCAAUGUCAGACUUGUGAAAAUUUUCCUGUGAGAGCAUAAUAGCUAAAGGAAAAUACAGGUCUGCUUCAUUUUGCCUUUUGUCUUAACCCAUUUUAACAGUAGUAGAUUGGAUCUUUUAGAUUUUUGAUAAAUAAUGAGAAUGGCCUAACAAAAAUAAGUGUUCUUUGCCAGCAGCAAUUCUGUAAUUUGUGGUGAGGUCACAUACGGUCUCUCAGAGAGACUGGUUAGAAUUUUCAGAAACAGUGGCUCCCAGUCUGUGACCUCCUGUGUUUCCACUGAUGGUCCAUAAAAAACAGCAUUCUCUGUGUGGCUGUCUGUGUUUUGUUUUCAUUUGUCAGUCUGCACUGAAAGGAAAUUAAAAAUACACAAAGUGUUGUUAAGGUUGAAUAUUUUCAGUGACUUUUAUCACAAUUAUGGCAUUGCUUUAUUCAGCUGCCAGUAAAGCAGAAAGCAAUUUGCACCAUAGGAGAAGUUGGUUUAUGACACUGUCAUGUUUUGUUGUGUCUUUUAUACCAUGAAAAAAAGAAAAAAAAAAGAAAAAGAA